UGUGUGUGUCUGUGUGUGUGUGUGUGUGUUGGUUGAAUCUCCCCAGGUCAAAUUUGGAACCAUUUGUACCAGCACCCAUCCAAACCUAGGCCCUUCCUGUCUAUCAUUGUUUGCUUUAUCAUAUAAAAAUCACCCUCAAUUCUGUCUACCUUCAUCAUAGAGCUUAGGUUUCCUCUGCCUCACGGUUCAGAGGAGGGGGUUCUUAACUUUGGGUUCAAGAAUUCCCUAGGAUUAUUGUGUGUAGAUGCACUUUCUGGUGAGGCACUAUACUUUUAUUAGCUUCUCAAAAGAGUCUGUAACUUCUAAAAGGUUAAGAGCCAUCUGUCCUGGAAUAAGGCUUCAGCUAUUUCUUUGUCCUAAGCCACGCUGUGAAUCCCCCUCCAAAUGGAGGAAUCUCCCCUAAUUAUCCCCUUCCCCAGGAUGUGGGGGCUCAAGGUUCUGCUGCUACCCAUGGUGAGCUUUGCUCUGUACCCUGAGGAGAUACUGGACACCCAGUGGGAGCUAUGGAAGAAGACCUACAGGAAGCAGUAUAACAGCAAGGUGGAUGAAAUAUCUAGGCGUUUAAUUUGGGAAAAAAACCUGAAGUAUAUUUCCAUACAUAACCUUGAGGCCUCUCUUGGUGUCCAUACGUAUGAACUGGCCAUGAACCACUUGGGAGACAUGAACAGUGAAGAGGUGGUUCAGAAGAUGACUGGACUCAAAGUACCUCCCUCUCAUUCCCACAGUAAUGACACCCUCUAUAACCCAGACUGGGAAGGCAGAACCCCAGACUCCAUCGACUAUCGAAAGAAAGGAUAUGUUACUCCCGUCAAAAACCAGGGUCAGUGUGGUUCCUGUUGGGCUUUUAGCUCUGUGGGUGCCCUGGAGGGUCAGCUGAAGAAGAAAACUGGCAAACUCUUAAAUUUGAGUCCCCAGAACCUGGUGGAUUGUGUGUCUGAGAAUGAUGGCUGUGGAGGGGGCUACAUGACCAAUGCCUUCCAGUAUGUGCAGAAGAACCGGGGUAUUGACUCUGAAGAUGCCUACCCGUACGUGGGACAGGAUGAAAGUUGUAUGUACAACCCAACAGGCAAGGCAGCUAAAUGCAGAGGGUACAGAGAGAUCCCUGAGGGGAAUGAGAAGGCCCUGAAAAGAGCAGUGGCCCGAGUAGGACCCAUCUCUGUAGCCAUUGAUGCAAGUCUGACCUCCUUCCAGUUUUACAGCAAAGGUGUGUAUUACGAUGAAAACUGCAAUAGCGAUAAUCUGAAUCAUGCGGUUUUGGCAGUGGGAUAUGGAAUCCAGAAGGGAAACAAACAUUGGAUAAUUAAAAACAGCUGGGGAGAAAACUGGGGAAACAAAGGCUAUAUCCUCAUGGCUCGGAAUAAGAACAACGCCUGUGGCAUUGCCAACCUGGCCAGCUUCCCCAAGAUGUAAUUCCAGCCAGACCAACCCCAUCCUGCUCUUCCAUUUCUCCUACGAUGGUACAAAGUAAUGAUGGACUUUGGAAGGGAGUUGGUGUGCCAUUCUUGAAGCAUAUGUGGUGAUAGUUGAGAUUGUUCAGUUUUCCUAUUUGUUUGUGCUUCAAGUGAUCCGUACUACGUUCCUUCUUUCCCCACAAAGCCUUUUUCAAUUGGGCCACAGCAGGAAUUUCCCUGACACAUAUAUACUCUUAAGCUAAGAGAUAUGACCAUACCCUGUCCUGACUGGGUUGUCUUGGGGCUCAUGCUGUGCAAAAAGAGUCUAGAGAUUUUCAUAUAGGCUACAUUCUCAUUCACUGGGAUUAGUUAGCUUUAACCAUCUUAGAGGACUAAGGUGACCUGACUUCAUAGUUUCCAAUUUCCCUCUAUAUCUUCAAGAUAGAAAUUUCUGUGUUUCCACUCCAAUUCAUAAAGCUA